AAGGUGAAAGCGGAAGUAGGGCCUUAGCGUACCUCAUGGAAUCCCUUCUGCAGCACCUGGAUCGCUUUUCCGAGCUUCUGGCGGUCUCAAGCACUACCCACGUCAGCACCUGGGACCCCCCCACCGUGCGCCGGGCCCUGCAGUGGGCGCGCUACCUGCGCCACAUCCAUCGGCGCUUUGGUCGGCGUGGCCCCAUUCGCGCGGCUCUGGAGCGGCGGCUGCACAACCAGUGGCGGCAAGAGGGCGGCUUUGGGCGGGGUCCAGUUCUGGGAAUAGCGAACUUCCAGGCCCUCGGUCACUGUGAUGUCCUGCUCUCUCUGCGCCUGCUGGAGAACCGGGCCCUCGGGGAUGCCGCUCGUUACCACCUGGUGCAGCAACUCUUUCCGGGCCCGGGCGUCCGGGACGCCGAUGAGGAGCCGCUCCAAGAGAGCCUGGCCCGCCUUGCCCGCCGCCGCUCCGCGGUGCACAUACUGCGCUUCAACGGCUAUAGAGAGAACCCAAAUCUCCAGGAGGACUCUCUGAUGAAGACCCAGGCGGAGCUGCUGCUGGAGCGUCUGCAGCAGGUGGGGAAGGCCGAAACGGAGCGUCCCGCCAGGUUUCUCAGCAGCCUGUGGGAGCGCUUGCCUCAGAACAACUUUCUGAAGGUGAUAGCGGUGGCGCUGUUGCAGCCGCCUUUGUCUCCUCGGCCCCAAGAAGAGUUGGAACCCAGCAUCCACGAAUCACCUGGAGAGGGGAGCCAAGUGCUAGUCCACUGGCUUCUGGGGAAUUCGGAAGUCUUUGCUGCCUUUUGUCGUGCCCUCCCAGCCGGGCUUUUGACUUCAGUGACUAGCCGCCACCCAGCGCUGUCUCCUGUCUAUCUAGGUCUGCUAACAGACUGGGGUCAACGUUUGCACUAUGACCUUCAGAAAGGCAUUUGGGUUGGAACUGAGUCCCAAGAUGUGCCCUGGGAGGAGUUGCACGAUAGGUUUCAAAGCCUCUGUCAGGCCCCUCCACCUCUGAAAGAUGAAGUUCUAACUGCCCUGGAGGCCUGUAAAGCGCAGGAUGGAGAUUUUGAAGUACCUGGUCUUAGCAUCUGGACAGACCUCUUAUUAGCUCUUCGUAGUGGGGCAUUUAGGAAAAGACAAGUUUUGGGUCUCAGCCCAGGCCUCAGUUCUGUAUAGGCAAUGCUGUGUUAUUAUUACUUGAAUAUAGACUAUAUAGUUUACAUGAAAAUUACAAUGUUCUCACCAAAUAUAUGCCUUCGUGUGUCCAAAGUAUAAUUAUUUUAGAUACUAAUUUUGAAUCGUUUAUUACACAAUUAUAAAUAUGCAAAGUAACUGGCAUGUAGUGUCAUGGAUUUUCUGGAUAGAGGAAGUGAUUGGAAGUACUCCACUUAAAGCCAUGGAAUUAGCAAUAGUUUGCUUUUUAAUAGAAGGCCCAUUUGUAAGAAUGUUGAAAAUAUGUGUACCGUUCAAAGAAAAAGCAGCUUUAAAGUGACAAACAAAAUACCCUUUUUCUUUUAGUAUGGUUUAUUUUUCUAGGUUUUCUUUCCCUCCCUCAGUAGUGAAGAGUUUUCUUUAACCAACCAAUAUGUGGCAGUGUCAGGAAUAUUGGUUUGAAAAGCUUUUGGCCUAUCUGGAGUUUGGCCUUGUUAACCUAGUAUUCUAACCAUUAACCAGCCUUAAUAUGCAUUAAAAUUGUAUUCUUCAGAAAGUUUGUUUCUCAUUUUCUGCAAAUUCUUACUCUGAUAAUGAAUCACCACAUAGUAUGUCCCUUUAAAGCACUGACGCACAGACAAAUGUUUAAAGCACAGUGAAUACAAAUAUAUGCCUUUGGAUAUUAAAUUAAUGCUUGAUGAUAAAAGAAUCAAACUUUUUUUUUUUUUGAGAUGGAGUCUCGCUCUGUCACCCAGGCUGGAGUGCAGUGGUGUGAUCACUGCUCACUGCAACCUCUGCCUCCCAGGUUCAUGCAAUUCUGACUCAGCCUCCCAAGUAGCUGGGAUUACAGGUGCACACCACCAUGCCCGGCUAAUUUUUUGUAUUUUUAGUAGAGAUGGGGUUUCACCAUGCUGGCCAGGCUGGUCUCAAACUCCUGACCUCGUGAUCCACCCGCCUCGGCCUCCCAAAGUGCUGGGAUUACAGGCGUGAGCCACUGCGCCCGGCCAAAACAAACAUUUUAAGUAGAAGAUCCAGGUUUUGGUGCAGCUUCUGCCGUUAACUAGGUUAAUAAAUCACAACCUUGGGGCCACAGUUGCCUUAUAUGUAAAUGAAGUGUUUAGACUAAAAUAGUUAAAUUUCCUUAUUUCUCCCUUGGUGGCUGCCCUGUGGAAACAGUUUAGAAUAUUUGUUUUGUGUGUAGGAACCUAGUUGUGUUAGUUUACCUGGGUGUUCCACAGCUGAUAGUGAUUUCCAAUAACCAAACUUAAGGGCAAUUUAUUCAUUUUUACUAGGGAGAGAGAACUUUACAGCAAUCAAGAUAUUUUUGUCCCUAUCCAGGUUAGCUGGUAAGAGGAUUUUUUUGGAGAAAAAAAAAAUGGUAUUUAGAAAGUUAAUUUCUAAUUCCGGAAUGGAAUAAAAACAAUACGAGUUGUGUAAUCUUGUAGAAAAAGAGUUGUAUAAUCUUGUAGAAUUUCUCAUUCUGUGGUACAACCCAGAGGUAAACUAUUGUCCAGUAGUCAGUACACUUUUCUAGGUAAUCUUGAGUGAAAACCAGCAAUUUCUUUUUCCCUGUAGUCUGAUUCCUUUUUCUAAUCCAUGAAGGCCAUCUUGCAGAUUACAUUUAUCAUUAAUGCAAGAAUAAAGACAAUUCCUCCUGUCA